AAGGGCGUCCCGAGGCGCUUCUUCCCGGCAGAGAGACGCUGCAGGACGGGGAGGAUGCCUCGCUCCUUCCUGGUGAAGAGUAAGAGGGCGCACAGUUACCACCAGACCCGCACCUUGGACCUCACCUGCACAGGUCCUGGGUGUGAUGGUGCAGGUCCUUGGAGUGAUGGUGCGCAGUGUCCCCUUCCGGGACCGGGUCCGGUUCCAGGUGUGUGUGGUCCGGCAGACACGGAGGAGGAGGAGGAGUUGAUGACCGCGGCCUCGCCGGCCUUCUCCCCGGACUCUGACGCCACGGACGCGGCUGACUUCUCUCCCGAGUCGCCGCUGAGCUGCUCGGGCGACUUGUGUGCGCCCGCCCGGGACUACGAGGGCUUCUGGAGGCCGCCGUCCCCGUCUGCGUCCCCGGUAGAUUCGAUGACGUCGUUCUCUCCGGCAGCGGACGACACGCCGCCUUUCGCGGUUCCCUUCCGGCCGUACGACUGGAGCUGCUGCGCGGCGCACGGCCACGAGGCCUCCUCCUUGUACGCGUACGGUGGUCACGCCGCGCUGCUCCUGCAGGCCCACGACACGCGGAGGCACGCGCCGGAAAUGCUGCAGUGCGCGGGUUUGAUGCUCGGCGGCGCCUACAAGUGCGUCAAGUGCGGCAAGGUGUUUUCCACGCCGCACGGCCUGGAGGUGCACGUCCGCCGCUCGCACAGCGGCAGCAGACCCUUCGCCUGUCAGGCCUGCAACAAGACCUUCGGCCAUGCGGUCAGUCUGGAGCAGCACAAGGCCGUGCACUCUCAGGAGAGAAGUUUCGACUGCAAAAUCUGCGGCAAAAGCUUCAAGAGGUCGUCCACGCUGUCCACGCACCUGCUCAUCCACUCCGACACGCGGCCAUACCCGUGCCAGUACUGCGGCAAGAGGUUUCACCAGAAGUCGGACAUGAAGAAGCACACCUUCAUCCACACAGGCGAGAAGCCGCACAGGUGCCAGGUGUGCGGCAAGGCGUUCAGCCAGAGCUCCAACCUGAUCACGCACAGCCGCAAGCACACAGGCUUCAAGCCCUUCGGCUGCGAGCGCUGUGGCAAAGGCUUCCAGCGCAAAGUGGACCUGCGGAGACACAAAGACACGCAACACAGCCUCAAGUGAAACACGGCGGCCAGCGCUCAACAAACAAAAACAUUAUUUAUUUUUCAACAGGGAAAUACGAGGCGCCAUUUAACACUAUAAAGUAUGUUGCUGGGGGGAGGGGCAUGUCGAAUAAAUCCUCAAUAAAC